GAGUCCUUGCAGCGCUCGGCCCGCCUUGGGUCUCCAGGCCCCUAGGCUCAGGGAGGAAGUGGGGCAGGAAACAGGGGGCGGUGGCAGUACUGAACAGUCAGCCAGCCAGCUGUGGGCGGCCCCUGCCUGUCCAGGCCAGCUGGAGACAGACAGCCUGUGUAGGCCAGUCAGCAAGGAGCUGAGCCAGAAGUGGCCACCUGGCACCUCCGUCCCUGGGCCUGGGAGGAGGUUCUCCGGAGAGCAGAGUGCAGAAGGCCAGCAACAUGCCCAGCUCUUGGCCUUGAGGCCACCGUGUGUCAUGAGGAGCUCCAGGGAGGAGGAGGUGACUUCUGAGGAGCUAGCCACCAUGGGGCGGGGCUCUGAGGAACCUCCAGGAGGCUGUAGCCAUGGGGACCAGAUCCACAGUGUGUCUGUGAGCUUGCCCACUGGUCAAGAGAGAGCAGGGCCUGAGGAGGCUAAAGCAGCAGCAGUCAGAGGUGAUGUGGCUCCUCCCCCCAGUAUGGCUGAGCUGGUUGCUGAAACCCCUUCCAGCCAAGUGGCAGUGUAUCCCACAGACCUGACCCUGCAGCUGUUGGCCGUGAGGCGGAAGAGUGGGCUGCGGAGCCCCAGCCUGCAGCAGGCCCUGAGGAGCCGUCUGCGCCUGCUGGAGAAUGACAGCCGGGAAGUGGCCCGUGUGCUCGGAGAACUGUCAGCCAGGCUGCUGUCCAUCCACAGUGACCAGGACCGGAUCGUGGUGACGUUUAAGACUUUCGAAGAAAUCUGGAAGUUUUCUACCUACCAUGCUCUUGGCUUCACGCACCACUGCCUGGAGAACCUGCUGGUGGACCAGACAUUCUGGUUGCUCUCACCUAGUGAGGAGGAAGAGACGGCCAUUCUCAUGUAUGUAAACAAGGAUGCCUUGAAGCAGACGCACAAGAGCCUCCUCGCCCAGGAAGGGCCCUUCUUUAUUCUGUGUCCCGACCACCGUGUGAGAAUGAUGAUGGGACCCCAGGGUGCAGGGAAGGGCCCCCAGGUGCUCAGGCGGGCUUCGGGGGUUCCUCUGGGAAUGGCAGUCCUGGGAACAGACUCCUCGUCCUCCACGCCCAGCACAUCCUCCAAGGUGGAAGCAGCAGAGGCCGAGCCAGAGCCCUUGACUCCAUUUCACCAGUGGACUCUCAGGGUUCCAUGGGAUCCCAUCGAUGAAUCCAUGGAUGGACCUGGGACGCCUGGUGCUCAGCUGAUGGGGCUUGGCCUGGCCUCUGCAGUAGCUGACUUCCAGGGCUCAGGGCCCGAAGAGAUGUCCUUCUGUGUCGGUGAUGUCAUCGAGAUCAUCGGCGCCCAGGUGCCUGGCCUGCCCUGGUGUGUGGGCCGGCACGUGGCCUCUGGCCAGGUGGGCUUUGUGAGGACUGGCCUCGUCAGCAUGCAGGGCUCAGCAUCUGACCUGGAAAGUGCAGUUUUCCUCAGUGAGGAAGAAAGAUCAUUCUUUAGCAGUGAGGGCCACUUCUCAGAUGAGGAUGCUCGGCGGCUCCUGAGCAGGACAUCUGGCACAGAUGUGUGCACCACAUGCAGCCUGGACUGGUUAGAAGAAGCUGAGGGGGAGCAGCUGGAGCAACGAGAAAUGUCUCUACAUCACCCGAACCCAGAACCACAUGAGACUCUGCACAUGGUAAAAGACAUUCUAGAACGGUGCAAGGCCUGCCCUGACCACCCUGAAGACCCAGUAUCCUGGAGCCUUGGAGCAGUGUCCAGCAGAGUGAGUACACCAGACACUGAGGAGCCCCUCUUCUGCCUGGAUCCUGAGGAUGACUGGACAGACCCUGAGCCUCCAGACUCGCUGCUGCAGGUCCUGAACGCCCCUGGUUAUGAGGCCCACUUCCGGGGCCUGUAUGACAUCUCACUUCCCUGGUUGGGCACUGCACUCUGUGGCUUUGAUGAUGAAGAGGAGUUGGCCGGACGCUUGGCACAGGCCCGAGGAGUUGCCAAGAAAGUCAAUUUGGGCCUGGCCCUGGCCAGGCUCUGCCUUCUGCUGGGGAGGCUGUGUGCUCGAAAACUCAAGCUAUCCCAGGCCCGGGUGUACUUUGAGGAAGCACUGGGGGCUCUGGAGGGCACUUUUGGGGACCUCUCCCUGGUGGCGGCAGUCUAUACCAGCCUGGCUACCGUGUAUCUGAAGCAGAAGAACGGGGAGAAGUGUGUGCAGGUGGCACCCAAAGCUGCAGCCCUUCUCCUGGGGACGCCCGGCCAUGCAUACAGCACAGAUGCUGAGCUCCUGAAGUACGCACUGCGCAGGGCCAUCUGUGGCCUCAGCCCACAGGCUGAGGCCCGGGCCUGCUUCCUGCUGGCCAGGCACUACACCCACCUCAAGCAGCCUGAGGAGGCACUGCCCUACCUGGAGAGACUGCUUCGCCUCAACAGGGAUGUGGGGACCCCGCAGGCCUCAUGGCCUGAGGACUGUUACCUGCUCCUGGCGGACAUCUAUGGCCGGAAGUGCCUGCCCCACUUGGCAUUGAGUUGCCUCAGGGUGUCCUCACUGUGGACUAGCUGCUCAUUGGCUGGCUCCUUGAGGAGUGUGGACCUGGUACUCCAGAAUGCUCCUGGGCCAAACAGCCAAAGGAGGGCAAGCCACCACCUCCCCUCCCAGAUUGCUUUCUACCUCAGGCAGGCAUUGGCCUCUCUCACUCCGGGCAUGGGACAGGCACUGUGUGGGCCUCUCUAUGCCAGCCUAGCUCAGCUGUACAGCCACCAUCAGCAGCACAGUCAGGCCAUUGCCUUCAUGUCUCAGGCUGCAGAAGCAGACACUGCGACUGGGGUCCACGCUGUCGUGGACCGCUUGGUGGCGCUUGCCUGGCUGCACAUGCUCUGUGGGAAGACCUUAGUAGCUACGGACAUCCUGAAGUCCCUCUCAGAUGCAGCUGUGGCCAACAAGGACCAGGAGUGUGUGAUGACCAACAUGGCAGCCAUGGCCCUGAAAAGGAUGGGCAGGACCCGGCAGGCUGCGGAAGGCUACUUCCGAGCCCUGCACAUGGCCUACAGCCAGGGUCACCUGCAGAGCCAGGCAGUAGUCCUGGCUAACUUUGGGGCCCUGUGCCUGCAAGCGGGUGCACGUAGCUUGGCCCAACACUACCUGCGGGAGGCGGUGGGGCGCUUCUCCCAGCUGCCCAGUGGUGUGUGUGGCCGGGACUUCACUCAGGUUCUCCUGUGGCUGGGCCAGCUCUGCACCCGCCGGGCCCUCCCCCAGCAGGCCAAGUGCUACUACGAGUGGGCCUUUCUGGUGGCUGUGGAGAUGGACCAUCUGGAGAGUCAGUUACAGGCUGUGCGAAAGCUCUGCCACUUCUACAGCAAGGUCAUGCCCAACGAGGUGCGAUGCGUCAUCUACCAUGAGUUCCAACUGGCCCUGGCUCGCAGGACAGCGGACAAGGUGCUGGAGGGUCAGCUCCUGGAGGCCAUCAGCCAGCUCUAUCUGUCACUGGGCACCGAGCGGGCCUACAAGUCUGCUCUGGAUUACACCAAACGGAGCCUGGGGAUCUUCAUCGACCUGCAGCAGAAGGAGAAGGAGGCACGCGCCUGGCUGCAGGCUGGGAAGAUCUACUAUAUCCUGCGCCAGAAUGAGCUGGUGGACUUGUACAUCCAGGUGGCACAGAACGCAGCCCUGUAUACUGGGGACCCCAAGCUGGGGCUGGAGCUGUUUGAGGCAGCUGGCGACAUCUUCUUCAACGGGACCUGGGAGCGGGAGAAAGCUGUGUCUUUCUACCGGGACCAGGCGCUGCCCCUGGCUGUGACCGUAGGGGACCAAGAGGCAGAGCUGCGCCUAUGCAACAAGCUGGUGGCCCUUCUGUCUGCACUGGAGGCACCCCAGGAGGGCCUAGAGUUCGCCCAUGAGGCCCUAGCACUCAGCAUCACCCUAGGUGACCGCCUGAAUGAGCGAGUGGCCUAUCACCGGCUAGCCACCCUCCACCACCGGCUGGGCCACGGAGAACUGGCUGAGCAUUUCUUCCUCAAGGCCCUGUCACUCUGCAGCUCACCCCUGGAAUUCGAUGAGGAGACCCUGUACUAUGUGAAGGUGUACCUGGUGCUAGGUGACAUCAUCUUCUAUGACCUGAAGGACCCAUUUGAUGCUGCUGGGUAUUACCAGCUGGCACUGGCAGCGGCCGUGGACCUGGGCCACAAGAAAGCUCAGCUGAAGAUCUACACACGCUUGGCCACCAUCUACCACCACUUCCUCAUGGACCGUGAGAUGUCCCUCUUCUUCUACCAAAAAGCAAGGACCUUUGCCUCAGAACUGAACCUCCGUAGGACCAACCUGGUGCCCCAGCGCUUCUGUGGCCGGGCACUCUGGCUGGCCCCUGGCCACCCAUCCUGACAACCUGAGAAGGAUCUGUGCAAUGGGACUCUUCUUUGAGUGUGAAUGCCUUGUUUCAGGGAGAGGGGUGUGCUGAAGGAAGGACCAAACAGUAGUAAAGGAAGGACCAAACAGUAGUAAAUAUUUUUCAGCAACUGUAGCACCAUCAAGUAUAUGGUAUGCGUCCCAUUGGGCGCAGGCUCUGCCCCUCCCAGUUCCCUGACCCACACUGCAGCCUGGCUUCACCCUGUCUCCAAUGAAGACUGAACCCAGCAGGUGUUUGCAAAGCCUCCUGCUGGCUCUCUCAUGGUGUGGCCUGGGCAAGUCACUUACCUCAGUCCUCUGUCCCCUUGUCUAUAAAAAGGUAAGGUGGUGACAGGAGUCCCUUGGCAGGGCCAAAGGUGGCCUUGUCUCUCUCUCUCUCUCUCUCUCUCUCUCUCUCUCUCUCUCUCUCUCUCUCUGCUUUCACGUGUAUCUGAUGCAAGCAUGCAUCUUUCAUCCUCACAGUACUGAAAUGUCAUGAGAGUUGUUCAGGACAUGAUGGCCCGCCCCUGUUGGCAGUGGGAGAUGUGGGGACCCAGACUAUCCAUUGUCACAGAGGGUAGGAAUGAGUCACAGAGCCAAAUACAGUGACCUCCCUGCCUGCCUACGGGGAUAUGGUCCCCUAGGCCUCGAGAGCAUCUUGUGGACCUCUCCAUCCCUGAUGGUGUCAGGAGAGCCACAGGUCAAAGGACGAAGAUUCUUCCUGCUCAGUGUCCCUUGAUCCAAGACUUAUCUGGCCUGCAGAGUGCUGCAGUCUGCUGCCUGGUAAAUGUGACGGCCUCAUGGCCACCCUCCCUGCUAUUGGCUGCUCCCCUCUGGCCUCUGUUGUCACCUGGUCCCCUGGUGACACCUCUGGUGUCUCUCGAGUCUCCAACCCAGGCAAGGUGAUUCUGACAGUUUCUUUACUAACCAUGGCACAGGAAGGCUGAAAAUGACCUACAGUGCUUCAAGCCCUUCCUUCAAUCAUAUUUAAAUACGGGAAAUUUCUCACUUUAAUGGCUUCUGGUGGUGUUGACAGUGUCACAGUGUCCCGCAGCUCCCGUAUAUCCCAGAACAUUGUACUCUCCCCAAAUCCCCCUUUAAAAUGGACGCUGCAGGCAGGAACUGGGGUGUCCACUCCUCAUAACCUUGCUGAAAAGCAAGGAGACUUGUCCACCUUUCAAAGUCCUGCUGAAACAGAUGGUGCUCCCUGUCUCACCACCAGGGAGCAGCAGAGAACUUCCAGAACCAGUUGCUUCCUGACCCAAACUCUUUGCCAGUUGCUGACAAUCCCAUUCUUGGAUGGGUUGGGCCACAGGGGGGAAGAGGUAGGCUUACUGAAAAUGAAAGAUAAUGGUGAUCCACUCUGGGCUCAGCCAGAGUCAUCAUGGUAACUAAGGACAGUUGGCUGAGGCCAUCACCUGCCUGCCGUUUAGCGAGGAGUC